AUGCACAGGUAUAAUGACCCAGCCCACGUGAGAGUUCAGGAAGGGGGAAGUGCUCCACCACCGCGCCCUUCCGUCUUCAUCAAACCAUCGGCCUCGGUGGAUGGCGACUUGGAGGACAUUGCCAUACCCAAGAUAACCCAGGAUGGCUUCCUGGACUAUGAGGGCGAACUCGCAAUCGUGAUUGGCAAGAGUGGCAAGGACAUUAGCAGGGACAAGGCAUUGUCGCAUGUCUCAGGAUGUUUUGCGGCAAAUGACCUCUCAUCCCGGGCCUGUCAGAGGGAUCCUCACAAGGCUGGCGGGGUCCCCCAAAUGGAUAUCUUUGCCUUCCUUGCUAACUAUGUUCUCUACCUUAUGCACCCCAUUCCCGCUUAUGGCGCAGAGCUCGACGUUGUGCUCGUACCUCUUCUGGCACCCCUUGCAGUAGUUGUUUUCGGUCGAGUACUCGAGCUGGUCCUUGACGGUGAUCCUGCGCUGGCUUUAGUUGCUGUUCGUCCCGGGGACCGAGUUCGCCUGCUGGUUCUGGUUCUCGAGGAUGGUCUUGAGCACGAUCUGGUUGCUCUCGGGGAUCUUGUCGCCCGUAGCGUCGAUCAGGUUCCAGUCCCGGUCCUUGGUCAAGCACACGGAGAAGUUCCCGUUCUCGUCUAUGGACGCCACCCUCUUGGCGAGCUUGUUCGUCUCGACGUUCUUGUCCACGCGCCAGUGGUGAAGCCACAAGGUGCUCUCGUCCAUCUUUAUCUAAUAAGUCUUAUCCCUAAGGCUAGCUUUAGAGACUAA